CAAAUUGAUGUAAAUAUCCAGCAAUUUAAAUUUCAUCGUUCACGAGAUUGGAAAGAAUAAAAGCUAGAUCUCUUUUAGAUUUACGGACAUAUGCAACUUUGUCGCCGGAAAAAACUAAAUGAGAAAAAUGGUUAGGAUUUUAUGUGUCGUCACAGUACUAAUGAUCGCAUUGGAUCACGCAUUUGCUGAGGCACAGGUUGACCUCCGUUUAGAGAUCUCGCACCUAGCGUCUCAGUUAAAAAUGUUAACACAACGUGUACAGCAAGAUGAAGAAAUGUUAAGACAAUGUCGAGAUCAAGAAGAAAAGGUAUCAUCUCUUCAAAGAAAUGUUGACCAAUUGAAAUGGCAGCUGAGAAAUGUUACAGCGUUGGAAGAUGUGAUAGAGAAAGUACGAUGGAGUAAAAAUAAGAUUUCAACACCGAACAGAAGAUUUGCUCGCAGUUCAGAUCCAACAGAGGUGGCGUUUACAGCAAUGCUUAACACUGAAUUAAAUGAUGUACCAAUACAUACAACUGUCAUAUUUGACUUUUUAAUCUAUGACACUGGAACUAAUUAUGACGAUUCCACUGGUGUUUUUACAAGCCCAACUUCUGGUCUCUAUCUCUUCUCAGUUUUUAUUGAAACGCACAGCGUCAACACAGAGGCAUUGGUUAACUUGAUGAAGGAAGGACAACCCUAUAUGUUUGUCGCUUCCGACAGAGGUAAUGACGUAGAAGAUAAUACUGGAGGUAAUGUCUGUCUCCUCACUGUCAAUAAAGGUGAACGAGUCUGGGUUAAAACUAUUCUUCAUGAUAAACAGUCGUUUUGGAUAGGUUUUACAACAUUUAGUGGUGUUCUUAUACACCCUCACUAACUGAUUGAACGUUUAUGUACAGUGUUUACGAACAUAAAAAUAUUUUGACAAUAGAUGUAAUAGAUAUGAAAAUCAAAAUAAAAUACACCAAUGUAUGGUACAUUCAUUAUA